AUGCUGAACCGCAAGCGGGUGGCUUUCUUUAAUCGUGAAAAAAUUCGCUCUGAGCUCACCACCCUCAACUACGUAGAGGCACGACGUCUCAACGGACCCAUUUAUUGCGCUCUGGUCAAAGAGCUAUACGAAGAGGGCUGUAGGAUUAGUGCACGCCAUCUUGAAAACUUAGCGGAAAAGGAAACUUUUUUCUACGAGACGAAGGUCAUCCGGGAUCGUGUCUGCGAUAACAGAGACUUGUUGAUGGCACUCUUUGAGAAUAUGCGCGUAGCCGAGAAGGUGCAAAUAGUUGAACAAGCUGAACGUUACCAGACGACAGUAAAGUGUCUCUAUCAGAUUAUUCAGCUGUUAGAGCCAUAUAAAAUUGCGUUCGAUUGGCUGUUGGCGCAUAUUUACAGCAUAAUCAUACCGAUUUGUGAGCAUAUCGAGAGCAUCAACGAACCGAAUACUAAAGAGACCAUUGCUCGCAUCUACUUUAAAACUGCUAAGUUUCACAGUCUGCGAGAGAACUCGCUGCCUAUUGCCAUCAAAUUUAUGGAAAAGGCUAUGGAAUUAAGUCGAAACGAAGCGUGGCUCUCUGAAUACGUAACCGAACGUGAGUGGGGCGUUUAUCCGACGCUGCAUCUGGUGGCGGGACGUGAAGUUGCUUGUUUCUUUUUGAAAUAUGCAAAAAACGUAUCCUCACUCGAUUCCAAGGCUGCUGAGGAGGCCGCACAAAAAGCGGCUAUCAGUCUGGCAGAAGUCGGCAUAGAGAAGAAUAAACUGGAAUAUAUACGGGCCCUCAUCUCACGUGCCAAAUAUAUGCUGAAUUCUGAGAACUACGAGUCCUCUUCGAAGUUAUUGCUAAGAGUGCAGAAAGAUCUGGCCAAGCAUACUACAGUAACCGAACCUAAAAUAUUCUGUGAUCUGUAUUUAUAUGAAGGCAUCUGUUUGUGGAAUCAAAAUGAUAUAAAUAGCGCAAUUGCCAAAUUGAAAGAAGCUUUAAAGUUUGCAAUUAAAAGUCUUUCUCAAAGACGGGAAGCUGAAGUGUGUGUUGCUAUUGGAAAAAUUUAUGCAUCUAAAAUGGACACAGAAUCUCAAAGAACAGCGUUCAAUGCAUUUAUGCGUGCAAAGCAAAUUUUUGGUAAACUUGGAGAUGCCUUGAAUCGAAAGAAAGCUCAUUACAUGUUGGCCAAAUUGAAGGCCGACAAGAUAUUUCCUUCCCUUAUGGAUUUGCUGAAGAACAGCCAGGAGAAGGCUUGUGGAUUUUACAAUUUGCGUCAGUGGAAAAAUGGUUGCAAAGCAUUUUGGAAUACAAUGGGAGUUGAAGAGUUGAAAAAAGACAAAAUUUACUGUUUACUUGAAGACAAGAUCGAGGAUACAUUCGCUUGGGAAGACAACGAAUUUGUAUGA